AUGUCUGCAUUCAUAUCCUCUUCCUUACUCAAAGUCGCGGCUCCAACCCUUCAACAACAUCAACAACAACAACAACCAUUGGCCCAAGAAAAUGUAUCUCCAGAAAAGCCCCAUGGCUCUUCAGUUCUCUCAGGAAAACGUGUUAGUAACUUUCUGGCCUUUUCCGGCAUUUCAGCUGCCCAUGAUUUUGUCCAUGAUUCAGACGAUGAUGAUGAUGACGACGAUGACGAUGAUGAUGAUGAUUCUGAUGAUUCCGAUAAUGAGUCUGAAGAAAAUUUGGAAAAUAGUUCACCCAUAAAAGAUGGAUCAAGAAAUACUAAUACAGAAAACUCUGCUCCAAAUUUUGUGCAACUCCCCCCACGAUCGCAUGUCCCCUCAGCACUUGCUCGAUCCUGGGAUCGUCGACCCAUCAACCCUCUCCAGUCAAGAUUAGUGGCUAAUCUUGUGGUCAAGUACGAGCAUUUACCUCAAUUCCAAGCCUUUAUGGAACGCUACCAUUGCUUCCCUUAUGUAACAGAAUUCAAGUUCCCCAUUAAUAUGUGGAUCAAUGAACAUCUCGAAAACCGUGGGGCUCGUCAGCGACGACAACAACAACAACAACAACAACAACAGCAGCAGCAGCAGCAGCAGCAGCAGCAGCAGCAACAACAACAAAAACAACCUCAACUUCAACCUGAAACUCAAGAAAAGGAAACUAUUGAAGAAGAUAUGGUGGAUGUCAUUGAUGAGGAGGAGUCUAAAAGUUUCGGGGCUUGUAAGUCCCCCUUAGCUGAAGACUCGGCUGCAAGCCAGGGAUGUGGGGAAGAACCCUGGCUUUCCUCAAACACACUUGAUGAGGUCAUGGUUUUAAACUCAAACUGCAACAACAACAAUACUAAUGAUGACAAUAAUGACAAUAGUUACAACACCAAUAUCAACAAUAUCGACAAUAUUAUCAACAGCACCAACAGUACUCUACAAAACACAUCAAGCCCUUCUUUUUUAAAUCACAACGUUACCAAAGAAGAGCCUACAGACCCAUUCACUCAAGAAUCUCUCUUUGCACCACUUUUAGACAUUUCAUUAUCCGACGCUCCUCCAUCUCUCGUUGUCGAUGGCGACAGCUCAACCAGCUCAAGCGACGACGCAGAAGAUGAAGCCGACGAAGACGCCUUUGAUGAUGACGAUGCAUUUGCUCUUUCGUGUUUUGGUCAGCGUAACGGAAUGGGUAGUAGCGUAGAUAUGACUUCCGAUACUACUACAGGACCCCCCACAGUCAUGGUUGGUGGAUGUUGUCCGGAUGAUGACGAUGAUGAUGGGGCUGCUAAUACUGGUGCCCAGAUUAUGACUCUGCAUCAGUGCAUUGUUCCCAAGAAGAGUAUUUUGACAACUGAUAGUCGAGGAAUUGGUGUAAAGGCGCAUAAAAAUAAAAAUAACACUAGUGGGAAUGACGAAGAUGGUGGACCUGUCACCCGCACUGCCUCACAUGGUGCUAACAAUGGCAAAAAUCACAACAACAAGACUGCUAGAUCUUAUGGCUGCCUUCAACAAUCAGACGCAAACAAUAACAGUUAUCUAGAUAUUAUCGAACAACGAUCUCCAUCCUCUGGAGAAGCAGAUCCAGACUUGGCUUUUGCUUCCCAAGCACUUGCUUCGCGUAAUAGCGACUUGACGCGUCAUAAUCCUCAAUACAUAUCGGGUCCUUUUGCUGGAGCAGUUUUCGCAAUUGAUCCCCAGCUGGUAGUGGGUGAAGAUUCUAACAUGGAUUCUUCACAAUUAACUCUUAAACAAAAGCAACAAGAUGCUAUAUGGCAACGCAAAGUAUUGUCCCGGAUUGCCCCUGAACGACGAGUGGCUUACGAUUCUGAUUCAGACUCGGAUAUAGGGGCAGAAGAAGAAGAAGAAGAGGAAGAAGAAGAAGAAGAAGAGGAGGAGGAUUGCUUUUUGGAGGGUAGUAAUACAGUGCCCUUUAGUAGUGGUACGCGACCAGUCAUUCCUCCACGUAAUAGAGGAUGGCUGGGAAUUAGAGGUGAAGUUGCAGACGACUACCGCCGUAUUGGACAAGACAGCAAAAGCAGCAGCAGCACAAGCAUUGUUGCUGGAACCAAGCGGGGUGGAGCGCGCAAUGAAAGCCUUUCUGAUGAAGCAUAUUGUGUACAAGAAGACAACAGCUUAUCAUCAUUAUCAUCAUCAUCACCAUCAUCGAUUACAAGCGCAGAAUAUAUUGGACGGGCCAAAAGCGUAACCAUCAGCAGAGCUAUUCGUCAGUUUGUUGGCCGCCUUAAGAGUACACAAGCUGGGAACAUUUCACCACCUUCAGGCUCGGUACCUUCUUCUGCCUCUGUUGCUACUGAUAACAGCUUUUUCCUUGUUUCUGAGCAAGUUUAA